AGGUAGAAAUCAGUCGCGCGUGAACCGUGCGCAGGAACGUUUGAUCUUCUAUCGGUUAGGACGACAUCCAUUCGCGGAAAUGAGCGUACCUAAGUCGCUUCAAUCUUACUUUUACGAAAGGAAGUGCUAUUUGUGCGAAAAACACACGGUUUAUCCGGACCACGACGAUGCUAAGAAAUCGACGCACAGAGUGAGAUUCAGUGAGCCCAGCAAGAUGUUAAGAUCAGCUUCGCCACAAUAUCCCAGCAGAGCAUCCGAUGCUCGAGUGAUCCGUCUGACAGCGGAUCAAGAAGCUGUCCUCCAAGAACAAUUCAAUAGAUGGCCCAGGGCACCUCAUGCGGCGGAUAUCGUCCUUUUGGCAGCCGAAACUGGACUCUCAGAAUCCGACGUUGAGGCUUGGUAUGCUAUCCGAUUAGCCCAGUGGAGGAAAGAACAGGGCCUGGGAGGAAAUCUUGGUCUACAUUAACGUUUAAUAUCGAGAUAUCUCGUAUGUUAUCUUAACUGUGUACCUGAAAAUGUAAUACGUAUAAGGAUUACCGAUCAACAUGACAACGAUCUAUUCUUUAUCGAUCUUCUGUUGCUUCUAGCUUAGUGGUUAUGCUCGCAUAGAUUUCAUUAAUUUAGAGCUACACGACUUAUGUUUAUAUUAAUUGUGAUCGUGUGGCAAAGCUAGAUCGAAUCGUUAGAAACAAUGGUACUAAAUAUUGAUUUUAAGGAGUAACUGUGAGUAAAAAGAUGUAUAUUAGAACAAUAUUCGUAGUUACUAUAAUAAUUUAAUCAUUUUAUCAUUAUUUAUUCCGAUUUUAAAGUACACGAAUAUUAAAAUGUUCGAAUGAAAAACUAUUUCCAAGUGGCUCGACAUUUUUUAAUCAUAAAUAUGUCAUGCAAAGAAGACAUUACCAGUGAGUAUUAAUCAUAGCAUACGUAAGACCUGAACACAGGUCGCAAAACAAAAUAUAUUAGUUGUAACGUAUCAGGUACAACAGACGUAUUUUAAUGCUUUUAAAUAGAUGUACUAAAUAAUUGUACAAAAAACAUAAAUUAAAAUGAAAAUGUUUGUAUAACUCAGUUACUUAAAUAAAUGUUACACAAAGAA